CCCUUCUCAAAGAAAUCAAAAACUUUCAUCAAUAAAAACUCAGAUCCUAACAAAACCCUAAAUCAUUAUCGGAAGAAUGGCGACUGCAAUGGUGAGCUCGGCCGGUGGUCUCUUGGCGAUGCUAAAUGAACCGCAUCCGUCUCUUAAACUUCACGCUCUGUCUAAUCUCAACACUUACGUUGAUUACUUCUGGCCCGAGAUUUCUACCAGCGUCCCUAUGAUAGAGAGUUUAUACGAGGACGAAGAGUUUGCUCAAAGACAGUUGGCAGCCUUACUUGUUUCAAAGGUAUUCUAUUACUUGGGAGAGCUCAAUGACUCUUUAUCAUAUGCCCUUGGAGCUGGCAGUUUAUUUGAUGUUUCCGAGGAUUCAGAUUAUGUUCAUACUCUUCUAGCCAAAGCUAUUGAUGAGUAUGCAACUUUGAGGAUGAAGGCAGCAGAGUCGAAGGAAGAAACUUCAGAUGUGGACCCUAGGCUAGAAGCUAUUGUUGAGAGAAUGCUUGAUAAGUGCAUAAAUGAUGGAAAGUAUCAACAAGCGAUAGGAAUGGCAAUUGAAUGUCGAAGGUUGGAUAAACUUAAGGAAGCAAUCACGAACAGUGAUAAUGUUCAUGGAACUUUGUCAUAUUGCAUGAAUGUCUCUCAUGCUUUUGUCAAUCGAAGAGAAUAUCGCCGUGAGGUUCUUCUUCUUCUGGUCAAAGUAUACCAAGAUUUGGCGUCUCCAGAUUACCUAAAUAUAUGUCAAUGCCUAAUGUUUCUCGAUCAACCUGAGGGUGUUGCAAGCGUAUUGGAGAAACUUUUGCGAUCUGAUAACAAGGAUGAUGCGUCUAUGGCUUUUCAAAUUGCUUUUGAUCUCAUCGAAAAUGAGCAUCAAGCGUUUCUUUUGAGUGUGAGAGAUAGACUCUCAAGUCCCAAGUUGAAACCCGAACUGCCAGUAGCCACAGAGACUGAUACUGCUCAAAGUGGAAAUCCAUCAGGGUCAGAGGACACUCAGAUGGCUGAUGAAACCCAAACAUCUACCGUUCGUGUGCCAGAAUCUGACCCUGCUGAAGUGACCUAUGCUGAGAGGCUGGCCAAAAUGAAAGGGAUUUUGACCGGGGAAACUUCAAUACAGUUGACUCUUCAGUUUCUCUACAGUCAUAACAAGUCUGAUCUACUUAUUCUGAAGACUAUAAAGCAAUCGAUUGAGAUGAGGAACAGCGUUUGUCACAGUGCUACGAUAUAUGCGAAUGCACUUAUGCAUGCUGGAACUACAGUUGAUACAUUUUUAAGAGAGAAUUUGGACUGGCUGAGCAGGGCCACUAACUGGGCGAAAUUCAGUGCAACAGCCGGGCUUGGUGUUAUUCACCGAGGCCAUCUGCAGCAAGGAAGAUCACUGAUGGCUCCUUAUCUUCCUCAGAUUGGGUCUGGUGGUGGGGGUAGUCCCUAUUCUGAAGGUGGUGCCCUCUAUGCCCUGGGUUUGAUUCAUGCAAAUCAUGGAGAAGGCAUCAAACAGUUUCUGAGGGAUAGCCUACGCAGUACUAAUGUUGAGGUUGUUCAACACGGUGCUUGCUUAGGUCUUGGUCUGUCGGCUCUUGGGACUGCUGAUGAAGAGAUUUAUGAUGAGAUAAAGAGCGUUCUUUACACUGAUAGUGCUGUGGCGGGUGAAGGCGCAGGUAUUAGUAUGGGUCUGCUGAUGGUUGGAACUGCAAGUGAGAAGGCAGCAGAGAUGCUGGUGUAUGCUCAUGAGACACAACAUGAGAAGAUUAUAAGGGGGUUAUCAUUAGGUAUUGCUCUCACAGUGUACGGGAGAGAAGAAGAAGCAGAUACCUUAAUUGAACAAAUGACCCGGGAUCAAGAUCCCAUACUACGUUAUGGUGGCAUGUAUGCAUUAGGAUUAGCGUACAGUGGGACAGCAAAUAACAAGGCAAUUGGUAAAUUACUUCACUCUGCUGUAUCAGAUGUGAGUGAUGAUGUCAGGAGGACUGCUGUUUUAGCCCUUGGAUUUGUCAUGUACUCUGAGCCCGAACAGAUGCCUCGUAUGGUCUCCUUGCUGUCCGAGUCUUAUAACCCGCAUGUGCGCUAUGGGGCAGCUAUGGCUGUGGGGAUAUCUUGUGCGGGUACGGGAUUAAGUGAGGCCAUAUCUUUGUUGGAACCUCUGACAUCUGAUGUAACUGACUUUGUGCGUCAAGGUGCUCUAAUCUCAAUGGCUAUGGUCCUGAUCCAAAUAAGUGAAGCGAGUGACUCCCGUGUAGGGGCGUUCAGGCGCCAAUUGGAGAAAAUAAUAUUGGAUAAACAUGAAGAUACCAUGUCUAAGAUGGGUGCAAUUUUAGCGUCUGGAAUCUUAGAUGCUGGUGGAAGAAAUGUUACUAUUAGGCUGCUUUCGAAGACAAAACAUGACAAGAUGACUGCUGUAAUUGGGCUUGCUGUUUUUAGCCAGUUUUGGUACUGGUAUCCACUGAUAUACUUUAUUAGCCUUGCUUUUUCCCCCACAGCUUUAAUUGGGCUCAAUUAUGACCUGAAAGUGCCUAGAUUUGAGUUCUUGUCGAAUGCAAAACCUUCCUUGUUUGAGUACCCUCGUCCUACAACCGUACCGACAGCCACAUCAGCUGUGAAACUUCCAACCGCUGUUUUGUCCACAUCAGCAAGAGCUAAAGCUAGAGCUAGCAAGAAGGAAGCGGAAAAAGCUAAUGCCGAGAAGUUACCUGGUGGUGACACAGCUGCUGCCUCUGGUUCUGGCAAGGGAAAAGCUUCUGCUGAGAAGGAUGCAGAUUCGAUGCAGGUGGAUAGUCCUGCUGGAGAGAAGGAAAAGAAAGCUGAACCUGAACCAACUUUCCAGAUUUUAACAAAUCCUGCAAGAGUGGUUCCUGCUCAGGAGAAGUAUAUUAAAUUCAUGGAAGACAGUAGAUAUGCUCCAGUGAAAGCAGCUGCGUCUGGUUUUGUCCUAUUAAAAGACCUUCGCCCAACUGAACCAGAAGUUUUGGCCCUAACAGAUGCGCCCACAUCAACCGCAUCCACCGCUGCAGGUGCAACCACAGCUGCACAACCCGGGUCUACUGCAGCUAUGGCUGUGGAUGAUGAGCCUCAACCACCCCAGCCCUUUGAAUACAGCUCUUGAUUAAGCCGAGUCGAGUUAAGUUGGUUUAUUUGUCAUUGUGAUUGAUGCAUGCGCUGAUCUGGUCUGAUUCUACACGCUUGCAUCCUGUGAGGCGACACCGGAUUGGAAGCUUACCUAUUUUCUGUCUGUCUGGUCUGUAGGCUACAAUCUUGUGUUAAGACUAGUAUGAUUUUAAGGUCGGAUGACAACUAGAUUUGAUUGUUUGUUUGUUUAGUUUAUCAUCUACCGUGUAUUUAUAUGAAAGGAAUUUAUCGGCUGAACUAUUUGCGGAACUAAGAUAGUUUUUAGUAUGAAACUGAACUUGGAUCUCAAA